AGUCAACCAACUCAUACCUCUCUAAGCACCGCAAUGUCUAUCCCCACUCGCAAACUUGGUGGUUUUCAAGUUAACUCUAUCGGCUUCGGCGCGAUGGGUCUCUCUGUCGGAUACGGCGAUGCUGGCUCCAUUGAGGAGCGCUUGGAGUUCCUUGACGCUGUCUACGCACGUGGGAGCACGUUCUGGGACACCUCUGACGCAUACCAAGACAACGAAGAGCUGAUUGGGAAAUGGUUCGCCAAGACUGGCAAGCGCAAGGACAUCUUCCUCGCUACCAAGUUUGGUCUGGCGGAUCCGACGCGCUUCCCGAAUGCGGACCCUGCGUAUGUAAAGGUCGCAUUCGAAAAUUCGUUGAAGAAACUCCAGACGGACUACGUUGACUUGUACUACCUCCACCGUGCUGACCCCACGGUUCCUAUCGAAAAGACGAUUGCUGCCAUGGCUGAGCUCGUCAAGGAGGGCAAGGUCAAGGCCAUCGGUGUUUCUGAAGUCUCCGCUGCUGCUCUCCGUCGCGCACACGCCGUUCAUCCUAUUGCCGCUCUGCAAGUCGAAUACUCCCCUCUUUGCCUCGACGUUGAGUUCGAGAAACUCAACUUGUUCAAAACCGCGCAAGAGCUCGGCAUUGCCAUCGUCGCGUACUCUCCUCUUGGCCGCGGCCUUCUCACCGGCUCCUUCCGCACUGCUGAGUCGGUCCCUGAAGGCCACUACGCCAAGUAUAUUCCUCGUUUCAAUGCAGACAACUUCCCCAAGAUCGUCAAGCUCGCGGACGAGUUUGCUGCCAUUGGUGCUAAACACAAAGCUUCCUCUGGUCAGGUCGUGCUUGCAUGGCUACUCGCGCAGGGUGGCAACGUCUUCGUCAUUCCCGGAACGAAGAAAGUGAAGUACCUCGAAGACAACCUGGGCGCUGCGAAGGUGACCUUGACAUCGGAGGAGGUAGCUCACUUGCGCUCGCUGGCGGAGGAGAUCCACAAGACAGCCCCUGGAGAGCGGUACCCAGGAGAGUUCAACAACCUCUCGUUCAUCGAUACCCCUGCUCUCUGAGUGGAUAACGCAUAGUAAUCAAAGUUGUCGCUGUUGUACCUAUUGCUCUUAUUAGAUUUGGAAUCGCAUAGUAUCAUUGCAUUAUGUUCACAACGAAGUGAGGGUGAGCCUGGGGUGUAUGUGCUUACCUGCUCAUGUUCUGCGGCUGGGGCGGGUGUAAUGCUACCUACGGUCGACUCGGAGAAUUCAUUCCUGCGAGUAAUUUUC